GUGUUCGUGUGAAAUUAGUUAUUGAUAUACAAUAUAUUAUUUCGGCCACAAUUACUAGUUUAAAAUCAGGUUUAGGAUAUGACCCAAUAUGCCUCAUCCAUCCCUCAAAAGUAUAUAGCUAAUUCGCAGUAAUCCCAAAGAGAAGACACGUGAUGAUUUGCGUUUGAAGGCGCUCACCAUGAUGCACGUCCUCCACUUCAACGCACACAGUUGACAUGGUUUCAUAAAUACUAUAGUACACCUCCGUGUCCGCUUCCAGUAGGAGCGCUUUGCUUUAAAUUUUUAUUCGACUCUGCGGAAAUGAUCCCCCUAUGUGGCUAUAGUUCUUGCCAGGAGCAUCAGUAUCAAACCUGCAAGUGCAAGGGAUUUAGACAAGGAGGGGGCGGUGAGUGUAGAGAAGAGCGACAGCAAACGAGAGAGAGCGGGGAAAGGAGAUAAAGUUAUUGCAGCGACGUGUCUAAAAGCUCCGCUUAUUAAAAAAAUAAAGCUUCUCAACUCGUUGACAAAAAGAUUCUAUAGGAACAAAUAAAGAAGAUGGAUAUCAUUAUGGAGAAUACCCCUGAAAUGGAAUGUGUUGACCAGGGCGAUGCGCUUCACUCGGACAGUGCCUAUGGGUCAUCUGCGGUGGACACGGAUACAGAGGACUGCCUGACUCCCCUCGAAAUCACGUUCCCCUAUAACGAGGACCUAAUGCACAAGACCAUCAUGGUGGGAGACAGCGGCGUGGGGAAGACCUCUCUGCUGGUCCAGUAUGACCAAGGAAAGUUCAUACCCGGCUCCUUCUCUGCCACUGUGGGCAUCGGCUUCACGAAUAAAGUUGUGACGGUGGACAACGUGAAGGUCAAACUCCAGAUCUGGGAUACUGCAGGACAGGAGAGAUUCCGCAGUGUCACGCACGCCUACUACAGAGACGCACAGGGUAAUCUCUGCUCUAUUAAAACACUUCCUGGUUGUAUGUGUGGUAGAAUGCAUGUCUGUGUGAGACUCUCUGCCUUUCUCUCCUCAGCCCUCCUCCUGCUCUAUGACAUCACCAGCAAGUCAUCCUUUGACAACAUCAGGGCCUGGCUGACUGAAAUUCAUGAGUAUGCUCAGAAGGAUGUGGUCAUCAUGUUGCUCGGCAACAAGACGGACAUGGCCGGAGAGAGGGUCAUCAAGCGUGAGGAGGGAGAGAAGCUGGCCAAGGAAUAUGGAGUCCCUUUCAUGGAGACCAGUGCCAAGACUGGAGUCAACGUAGAGCUGGCCUUCCUGGCUGUAGCAAAGGAGUUGAAGCACAGAGCUGCCGAGCAGCCUAAUGAGCCCAAGUUCCAGAUCCACGACUACAUUGCAUCUGAGAAGCAGAAGUCUGGCUGCUGUGGUGGCUACAUGUAGCUAAACCUCUCACCAACUGUUACACCACACCAGGCCACAGUGAGAGAGGAGCGAGAGAGACACACAAACAUCUACAGAGAGAGGGAGGGAGGGAGAUAAAGAGAGAGAGACAUAGAGCAGUAGGGAGACAGUCCCCCUAAAAUAGCAUCAUCAGAUAGCGAGUAGUCAAAAAGAGCAGAGCAACCACAUUGUGAAAAAGAGAGCACCUGGUCUGCUCCCCACCUACUUGGAAAGCCUAUGGUAACUAGACAACCCUCAUUCUACCCCUAUCAGGAGAAAAAUCAUGUCAGUGUUUUCAGUUUGAUAGAAAUCCUUUACCAGUGUAUUUAAAAUGUGAAUUUAUAUUUGAAACAUGGUCGGAUCAUUUAGUUCAUGUGUAUCACAUGCUGCAGCUGCAGCCUGUCAGCCUUACUCAUUAUUGCCAUAAGGAAGGAGUGGAAAUCCAAAUGGAAUUUCUUACCCCAAUUUUGCCAUAUUUACAAAGAAAUUAAGAAAUAAUCUGAUCACUUUAUGUAAAGAUGUUAGCUGGAAUAAAAUACAGAUUUUCUGGGGCUCAUGGCUUCAUAUGUUUCACCACAUUCUAUUCAGGACUAAAUGCCAUUAUACAUGUUGUAUGAGGAGUACCCUCUACUACUGCGGUGUCAUACACAGCGUGUCCCAGAUGCGGCCUCUACCGGCUAAAAAUAUGUCUAAUGACAGUCAUUUUGUAAUUAUACUUCAAAUUAACAUUAUUUUCUGAAAUGUUGUGGUCAAAUGUUAAUUGAGGUGGUGGUCAGAAGUUCUAGCAUGAGUUUUGAUUUGCUUUUAACCGUGCCAUCCACCAAUGAGAGAGCUCCCUCAGACACUGUUGUUGUCGAGUCUCUAUCAGUCAUCAUUAAUGGAUGUUGUUGUUGUGUCUCUACUGUACAUGGGGUGUUCAUGGGUUGUUCAUGGGUUGCAUUGUGUAAAAUGUUCCUUUGUAUUUGGUUCAUUAUGAAUGUUUGCUUAUUGAAUUUGCUUGAUGUCACAAUUAUUGUCACUCUAUGGAGAUGUCACAGUGAUCACAAAGUGCCAUGGAAAAGUGCUUUGUUAUCGUACAGUAUAUAAAAACUAUUUUUUGUAA